AGUUAUUUUGCUAUGAAAUCAAUUCAAUUUUCGUACCCUGGUACGACCCGUCUUAGGUUACACUCUUCAACGUGUGAAUAUAAACCGCUUCGCUCCCAAGCAGCAUUCUCCCAGCACGGGUAAUUUGGAAGAAAGCUUUGAAGGUGGUUGAACAUUGUUUGUUUCUGUGCGCGACCAUCAAUCAAACGCGAAGGCUCACAAAAACAUAAUCCCCGACAAAAAAACUCUAAUUAUAAAACGUGCAGGCCCCGUCUCCGCCACCGUUUGUCCAGGACUGGGAAGUUCCGUCGAUUCUCGAACGAGCGGGGUAUACGAUAAAUCGGUGAUGGUGCCGUGCAAAACGCAUUGAAGCAUUGAAUUUUCCACUUCACGGAUCGAUGAAGAACCACCGAGCGAUUUAAGUUUCCGGAACGUGUGCGGGUAGAGGCUAAUAUCGACACAACCACACAGCAUCGAGUGAGUGUGUACGUAGAUGGUGUCACAAAAAAGACACGGGAAGACAACAAAUCAUAGUCAAAUCAUUCAGUUCGGAGGUCUCAAUAGUGAAAGAAAAUUGUGCUAGCUAGACGAAACUAGAACGGAACCGUUCCUUCAGCUAUCGAACGCUUAUAGAGUGGUGUCACUGCGACGGGCGCACAACGCGAUCAACAACAUCCCUAAACCGUGCAUAUACACACACAUACAUACACCUGCAAUCAAUCAACCUGUACUCCUCAGCAUGGCAACGGUCAAUCUGAAUCCAAACGGAUGUCCCAUGGGUGGCACGAAUGUGGUAGGAUCGAGUACUUCCAUUCACUCGAUACAGGGGAAGGAUCAGUGGGUGAAGCUAAAUGUUGGUGGUACCUGCUUUCUCACCACCAAAACGACCCUCUCCCGCGAUCCAAACUCUUUCCUAUCACGACUCAUCCAGGAAGACAGUGAUCUCAUCUCCGAUCGGGACGAAACGGGUGCAUACUUGAUCGAUCGUGAUCCACGGUACUUUGCACCGGUGCUGAACUACCUCCGCCACGGUAAGCUCGUGCUGGACGAUGGCCUCUCGGAAGAGGGCGUCCUAGAGGAGGCCGAAUUCUACAACGUGACGCAUCUGAUCGGUUUGCUUAAGGAUAACAUAGCGCGACGCGAACAGCGACCGGCGGCGGAUAAGAAGCGUGUGUACCGGGUGCUACAGUGUCAGGAGAACGAGCUGACACAAAUGGUGUCGACCAUGUCGGAUGGGUGGCGAUUCGAGCAACUAAUCAACAUCGGCACACAGUACAACUAUGGCACGGAGGAGAACGCUGAGUUUCUUUGCGUGGUGUCGAAGGAGUGCGCCAACACGUUGAUCGGGCGCGAGGUAGAAUCGAACGAUCGGGCCAAGGUGUUGCAGCAGAAGGGUUCGCGUAUGUAAGGCAGCAGCAGCAGCUGGGACGAUGAAACUGUGUGUACAGGGAGCGCACAGAAGACGCACAUGGAGCGUUAUAGAUAGAAAUUAUCAAUCACCCUCCUCACGAAUCAUGGGAGACGAGCGAAAGCGAUAGAAAGCGGCGAUACGUUAAGUUAGCAUGCUUGCGUAGGCAUGGUUUGUGCAAUGGAAGGAAAAUUAAGAGUAAUAUAGAAUGUUUAAUGUUAGUCUGCAGCUCAGAAAAGGAACAAUAUUGCGGUGGAUUAAUCUAACAUUUAAUAUUUACGUUUGUGACAGAUACGGUUGUAACUGGCAUUAAGUAUUCCGUACUACUCUGGUUUCGUAAUUGUUGCCGAAGUGCGUUGGUUUAGAAUUGCUUUCGAACGUAGCACAAGAACUGUAGCACUAUCUGCAUGUUCCGGUGCCCGCGAGAAGCCGGAUUGAAACAUGAGACUAUAGCGCGUCAUACGUGUGAUAGACAAUGAAUGAAGAAGCGCACAAUCGCAUUAGAAAAAAUGGAAAUGUUUCCAGGUUCUCGUUCAUUUAGCUACCUAAGCCUACAUAAAAACACACUCACACACAUACAUAUGUCAGUCUACCAUAGAUUGCAUCGUUCCGUAAAGCUCCCUUAGAUCCUUAAACUAGGCGCAACCACGUCAAGGUGCUGCUGCAGCAUCGAAUGCAAAAACAAACGUCGGCACGAUUACGACAGCGUGUGCGUUUUGUGUAUGAAAAAAAAAAUCGGUUUUAGCUUUAAGUUUUAGCGCAUAAGUAACCGCCGUGUUUGCCGUGUGGAGCAUACCCAAAAACCGCAACUACACCACCACAGAUACUGCUCACCGUACCGGACCGUAGGAUGGAGAACAUUUGUUAGAUUUUAUAACCGACCGGUGGUGUAGCGUAUUGUGAAGUUUGUAUAGCGCUAGAAAUCACAUCGCUAAUGCGAGUAGGGAUGCAACAGACAGUAGAAGCGAGUGUACGUAUGAGGAUGCUUACUUAUCAUUCAGUAGGUAUCCGUCCGGCACUAGAACACAGAACGCCUGGAAGCAAAGAUGCAACAAAAAGACAUAUAGUGGUGUUCAUUACGGAUGAGGGAUAAGGGCGUAAGGGAUGUAUACGGCAGAGGGAUACGCUCAGUAUGUUUGUACGCCACAACUCCUCCUUGAUGAUACUGUUUAACCAUAGUGAUAGUAAUAUCGGGAUGCAUCUGGGCUAGUACAACUGGUCAAGGUGCAACCGAGACUCCUCAAUCAUACACAUACACAGAGACACACCCAAGCAUAAACAUAAACAAUUCGAUAUUUGUUACGUCUGCGAGACUGUUUACUAGAAAGACACACACACACAUACACGAAACAAUAUGACCGCUUCCUUUAUUGCUUUAAACAAAAAGGGGGGAAUAAAGACCGCUAAUGGUGCGUUAAUGGGUGCGUACGACUUCGUCCUCAUGUUUUUACCAUAACCUUGUAAGUUAGGUUUUCUUCGUUAUUGGGCAUCGUACAUGCCUGCCAUAGAUUGGCAUACAAGACGCGUUUAACUAUUUAGAUACUUGAACUUGAGUUCGUAUAGAUCUUACUGUAUGGAGCACCCGUCAUGCAAUCGAUAUAUUUCCCUUGUCAGUUUUAUUACUUACCUUAUAAGCAAGACAAGAUAUUUUUCAUUCUUUACACUGCGAAUAGUAAAAGUUAAAAACACACAUCAAUCACACAGAGGAGUACUGUAGCAUGUAGGGUAACCUGUUUGUGUUUUCGCGUAAAUCGUAGCCAUACAGGAAGCGUGGCUACCUAACCUAUAAUGUGGGAACGAAUUUCAAAUGACUGACAGCUAGGAUUACCACCUCGGUACUAAUGCUAAUAGGUGUGUGAUGAGGCUCAGGCUUUUAAAUGCGUUAUUCGCCAUCGAGUGCACUACUACACACAAUCAUCUUUUUUCUAGAAUUUUUUGUUGUUGCAAGUUGUGCAGUAUUUGCUUUCUUUUGUUGUAUUGAAUUGAUUAGAAGUAAAACUAAAAAUGAAGUAGAUAUAAGAUCGUUUAGCAACCUGCUCAUGAUGUUUCUGUUUACAUAUUUGGUGCUCACUGUAUUAGAAAAACUUAACAUAGUUCUUCUUUGCUGUCACCUCCACCAGGUAUGUACACCUGUACGGGUACGGUGUGUAGCAAAGACUGUAAGGUUUAAGAAACAACCCAGUAUGUUCAAAAUUCAUACUCAAAAGACAUCCCACGUAAUGGCAUCUCGAAGAAUACCCGCUGAUUACAUUUUAGAAGCAAUUGAAAAUGGGCUGGUCGCGCACUUAAACCUUUUGAUGUUUGACACAUGUGAGAACGACUACGAGUCGUCCGCACUGUCCAUCACACUCACACCAGCACCACCCCGACCGCCCCUCCGCCCUACUUAUAAUGAUUACUACCGUUAGGGCUAGCUUUAAGUAAGUGCUAGGCAUUUGUUCGCAAAUCGAGGUAAAAGAAUCAGACAGAAAAAAAAAUGGAAGAGAGAGAGAGAGAGAGAGAGAGAGAGAGAGAUAAAGUGAAGCCUUUCGAGACAGUGCGAAUAACUACGCGCAGGAAUGGUAGACAUAAACAGUAGUUAAUUAAUAUAAUAUCGUUAAUUAGAACGGGUUCGAUGCAGCAGCAAAACCAUAGCAACCUGCUGGAAAAGAACUAUUUUUUCGUGCAAAUCGAAAACGAACGAAUCUGAUAAAAAUGGUAUGUCCCGGGCGUACGUGCAGGCGUAUGUAUGUGUGAUUAACAAAAUAAAAGCAACACGGAAAAGAGAUAGAUAUAAAAGAGAUACACUAAAACAAGAAAGCGUAAUAUAAAGAAAACUUAAUAAAAUAUAUAUACACCUUAUAUAUAGAGAGAGGGAAUACGAUUGAGCGAGAUAAUCGUAACAUGGUGUUUGUACUUGAUUUGCAAAAGUUAGAAAAUAGAUCACCCAAAAGCAGUAAAGCUAGAGAAACAUUAGAAAAGAAAAACAAAAAAACGGACAGCGAACGUCAUGACAAAACAAGCACAAAACAUGUUGGAAAAUUCUACCCGGUGUUUGAGAGAAAACACAGUUACUGAGCCGAGUUUCACGUGCGCAUACGCAUAGAGCACCCAUCAUGAAAGGAAAGCAGAAAACAACAACAACAACAACAACAAAACUGUGAUUAAAAAAGAUGUUGUAUUAAAUGUUUCCCAGAACGA